UGUUUAUCAAUGCCUGUUCCCCCCACGUAGGUGCUGGAGCAGCUGGAGCCCGGGGCUCUGGGCACAAUGCUGGUGGUGGAGUUAAAAACGGAGAAAGAAGGUGCUGGGAGGAAAUAUGUGCUGAAGCAGGUUGAAUGCAUUGAUGAACAACAAGCAAAUGAAGCCCUGAAGGAGGCAAUGGAUCUGCUGAAACUUCAGCAUUCAAACAUCUGCAUUUACAAAGAAUUGUUUAUCACCUGGGAUAAUAAGAUUUCAUCUCUAUUUCUUUGUCUGGUGAUGCAGCACUCAAGCCAAGGAGACCUUUCAUCUCUGAUCAAGGCAAAAAGGAAGAAGCGAGAGAAAGUAGAAGAUAUGGUGCUUCAGAAGUUCCUGGGGCAGAUGGUGGAUGCUUUGUUUUAUAUACACAAACAAAAUGUUUUUCACAGAAACCUCAAACCGUCUAACAUCCUUUUAACUGAUGAAGUAUCCUUCAUGCUUUGCGAUUUCAGUGUAGAAACUCUUAUGACUGAUGAAAUGAAAUGGAAGAUAAGAGUGGAAGAAGAUCCUGACUCUAAAUCCUGGAUGUCCCCUGAAGCACUCUGCUUUUCCUUUAGUGAGAAGUCCGACAUUUGGUCUUUAGGAUGUAUUCUACUAGACAUGAUGACCUGCUUCUUUCUGAAUGUGAAAGACACAAAUUCAUUACUGCAGGAUAUUAGAAAGGACACCAGUAGUCUUGAGAGAGUUCUGACGUUAAUGAAGAAAGGGAAUAAAGAUACUCUGCCUUUGUCUCAAAUUUUACUUACGAUGCUACAGAUUCAGCCCAGUAUGAGACCCUCAGCAAAGGAUCUGGUUGAUAUUCCAUAUGUUAUGGAAUGUUUGACUCUUGCUGGUUCCUCUUUAUCAAAACAGGAAAAAACCUUGCCUUCAGCAAUUUUAGAUAUGCUCCUUGAAGGAGGAAUUGGAAGUGUUUUAGAAUUUAUGCAGACUUACUUGGACAUAGAGCAGGCUCAAGCAAAAGCCAUAAAGCGCCUUGCCAGCUUACUAGGAGAAGAAAAUGCCUUAAUGUAUUUGCUAGAACUUCUGGAUCCUGUCACUUGUGCAAUGAGGACUCAUAUAGAUUCUCUAGAGCUACAAUUAGAUGGCUGCAGAUUACUGCUUGACAUUAUUGGCCAAGCCCUACAACAGAAUGUGGAUGUGGAGAUGCUAGUUGGUGAGGAAGGAAUCAAUUCUCUGUUAAAGACAAUGAGAACAUAUUCCGAAAAUGAAGAACUGCUCUCAGUGAUCUGCACUUUACUAAUGAUGAUUUCAGCCAGUGAAAUGGCUGCAGAAGCACUGAGGAAAGCUGGAGUCAUCACAGAUGUUCUGUCAAUUAUAAGCAAUUUUCCUCAGAACAGACAGAUCUGCCUUUCUUGCUCUGGUAUUCUUUGGAGCUUGGCUGUGAAUGAAAGUAACAUGGGGCAAGCAUCACUAAAAAAUGCUGUCCAGAUUAUCACUGGAGUCCUCCAAGAACACCGUGAGGAUGGAGAGGUGGUUGAGUCGGCUUGCUCUGCCCUCUGGGUUCUGACACUUCAGGGCUGCUUAACUGAAAGCCAGUAUGAACCAACAACUCUGCUUUUGUUGGAUGCUCUGAGGAUGAAUCCAGAAAGACCAGUGCUGGUGAAGAAUACCUGCUUGGCAUUGGCAGGCCUCCUAAGGCUAUCUGAGUUAUCUGCUUUCAGACUUAUCGUAACAGAUACAAAGGGCAGUGGAAUAAGCCUGAUCAAAGACUCCUACCACUUUCACUGUGAUGAUCCAGAAGUGGUGGAGAACAUCUGUAUGCUGAUUAAUGAGAUGGUUCAGUACGAUGACAUAGUGCUAGAGAUGAUCUCCCAGAAUAUGAAGGAGCUGCUGACUGAAAUGAAAGUCAAGUUUACAUCCAGUAUGGAGAUAAUUACCCUUGUGGAUUCAGCACUUUUGAAACUGCAGAAGUAAGGUAAAAGCUGUUCUAUAUAUACAAGGCUUG